UUCAGUCCGUGAACAUGUCGAGCGGGCGGUAUCCGGCAAGUUUGAGUCGACGAGUCAAAGUUUUUAUAAUUAAGUUUUAACAAGUAUUUACCUUAAGUUUUAAUAUUACACCGUACGAAUCAUGUUGUCGAAAGUGAAUAUUUUUGUGUUAGUCGCGGGUGUGUUAGGCUCGGAGAUCAUGUGGCAAAUUUGGAAAUGCAUACAGAACCGUAGUGUUGUGAAAAGUAACAAGUCGAACAAUGUAAUUCCAAACAAAGAAACUGUGACAGCUGAUGACAAUGAAAUACUAAUGUUUACCGAAAAAGGUAAAUUGUGCCGCAGUCAUGCGAUUACGAGGAUUCCGUGCAAGAAAAGCAACUGUCCAGUCGGUUAUAUAAAGAAGUUGGUAUCGUAUUUGAGCCGUGCUUCAAAAACAUUGGACGUUUGCUUGUACAUCAUGACCUGCGAUGAUGUGACGAACGCCAUUAUAAUGGCCCACAGACAAAGCGCACGCGUUAGGGUCAUUGUUGAUUCGGGAAUGAGCGAAAAUCCCGCCUGCAAUAAUCAAAUAUUACGGAUGCGACGAGCUGGCAUAGAAAUUCGGAUGAACGAAUUUCAACCAUCGAGUCUCAUGCAUCAUAAAUUUGCUGUAAUGGACGAUGAAAUCGUUCUGUUUGGGAGCACCAAUUGGACGAUGCAAGCAUUUUAUGGAAACAACGAUUCGAUCGUCGUGACAAACAACAAAAAAUGCGUUAUUGCAUAUUCUAAUGAAUUCGACAAUUUGUGGCGACACUUUUCCCCCUAAGCAGACUCUGGAUUUUACACUAGUAAUACGUACCUUUAAUGGCAGUUCAACUAUGGAGUACAAUGGAGUCAUUUUGGUACGGAAUUUUCCCGAAAUUCUCAUGGUGGGCAGUUCCUUUACCGUUCCAUUGUUGAAGUAAAAAGGACGGAGGCGGGUUUCUGUGAUAUCGAAUUUUUGAAGCCAUGUGCCCUCGAAGGACACAGCGUUCAUCACUGAGAAAUGUUUAUUCAAGACAACGUCGGCUGAAUCAAAGAAAAAUCACUCGUUAGAUUUCCCUUCUCGUAUAAGUGGAAAAAGGAGGCAUCAAAAAUUUUACCUAGUUUCAAACGAUUUGCUAUUCGGCAGCCAGUAUGUUUCUCGCACCACUUGUUCAUUUUUUCGAUCAAUUUGACUGUAUUUGCGAAACUGGUAUUAUGCACCUCUAAAUGAAAAGCUUUCGGAAUUGCACUAAUGAAUUUGAGUUUUAAAUUUAGUGCUGAAUCAACGAAAAAGCUGUUGGCUAUCCGAAGCGCAGACUGUUCCUGGAAUAAAUUUUUUAGUCAAA